UCGUCCUGUAAGGUUAUUGACUCAUCCNAGAUAUUUUGGUGUUUCUUUNAACCCUGUGAGUUUUUUCUAUGUUUUNGANGAAUCGGGNAAAUAUUUAGAAGCAGUCGUUGCUCUUAUCAGNAAUAUUCCGUGGUUAGAGUCACAUAUNGAAGUACUUGUUCCNAAAGAGACUCAGUANGAUGCUUCGUUGUCUUCGUCAUUGAUAGUUAUGAAGAGUCACCCGAAAGCAUUUCAUGUAUCUCCGUUUCUUCCAAUGGAAAAUAUAGAAUACAACUGGUGUUUUUCCAAUCCAAUNGAAAACUUGAGAGUGACGACGCUUCUGAAACAUCAACAGCACAACAUUCUGUUUGCAAGUCUAGAUUUAGAGAGACAUGCUUGGUCACUGUUAUCGUUGCUGAUAUUUUUGUUUCGUUAUCCAUUCAUGACAUGGAAAGUUAUUUUUGCUAUUCACUGGGAAGCUUAUCAAUUAUGGAAAAGAAAAUUUCCAUUUUAUUCACAUCCAAACAANAGUCAAAAUGUGUGGUCUCGAAUGAUAGAUUUUUUCAGCUCAUGGUUUUCUUGAAUAUGACAUAGCUAUCCAUAUUAAAAAUUAUCUUUGGUUCCAGGUCUCACAAGGACGAUUUGGUAAUCAGCUAACGUUCGAGAAGCAAAACCAGCUUCGCAAUAACAAAAAUAAUAAAGCCAUUUUCGAAUGAAUAUCCAGUCAAAUCC